AUGCGAAGCCAUAUUCCUGUCCUGAGUGUGGGAAAUGUUUUUCACAUAAGUGCAAUCUUGACUCACAUCAGAGAUUUCACACAGGGGAGAAGCCGUAUUCCUGUCCUGAGUGUGGGAAAUAUUUUUCACACGUCCACUCUUUACACACACAUCAGAGAUCUCACACGGGGGAGAAGCCAUAUUCCUGUCCUGAGUGCGGGAAAUGUUUUUCAGAGAAGUCCAACCUUUACAAGCAUUAGAGAUCUCACACAGGGGAGAAGCCGUAUUCCUGUCCUGAGUGCAGGAAAUGUUUUUCAGAGAAGUCCACUCUUCACACAUCAGAGAGAUGAAUGUUGCUGGACAUCCCAGCUCUCAUGUGGGGAAGAAGCACACACCCUGAUAUACACCUCAGAUAUACUCCAUGGCUGA